UGACGAAUACACUACGUUGUUCUGAAACAUACACGUUGCCUACAAACGCUGCAAAAUGGACGCCGCCGGGCCUGCGCCCACACCAAUUCGCGUUGGAGUGCUAGCGCUCCAAGGAUCGUUUCGUGAACAUAUGUAUCUUUUACAAAAGGUCCCUGGCGUGGAGGUGGUCGAGGUUCGCACCAAGGAGGAGCUAGAAAGCGUGGCUGGUCUCAUCAUUCCCGGCGGCGAGAGCACGACUAUGGCGCUUGUGGCUGAGCGAUGGGGCCUAAUUCCGGAGCUGCAGUCCUUUGCGAAGGCUGGAAAACCCGUUUGGGGCACAUGCGCUGGCAUGAUUUUUCUGGCAGAAGCUGCCGAAGGUCAGAAGAAGGGCGGGCAAUCUCUGUUGGGCGGUCUGGACAUCACUGUCUCGCGGAACUUCUUCGGCGCACAGAUUAACAGCUUCGAGACGCGGCUGCCGGCACCAGAGUGCAUUAGGUCCUUCGGCUCGACCGACGACUUCCGUGCCGUCUUCAUCCGCGCCCCCGCCGUCCUGAGCGCGGGUCCCGACGUGGAGGUGCUUGCGGAAUACACCUUGACGCCGGAGGAGGUGGCGGCGCAUGGGCGCGACAAAGUGAUUGUGGGUGUGCGCAAGGGCGUGCUCAUGGCCACCGCCUUCCAUCCGGAGCUGACCACCGACAUCCGCUGGCACCAGGCAUUCGUGGACAUGGUCCGCAAGCACUCCCAACAGCCCGACAAGGUGCCGCCGCCGCUGUUCCAGAACCUGGGCCGUCUGCCCAACCGGCCGCCAGAUCUGCCUGUGUACGGCAAGGAAUUCAUGCGCCCGGAGCAGCCGUAGAGCCGUGGGGAAUGUCGUGGUGGGGGCUAACAGGGGGGCUUCCAUGCUGCUUCAAGUGUUACACGCCCUGGGGCCGGUGUGUGCUGUCGCUAGGGCUUAGGGGUGCGAAACUUAUGAGCUACUGAACUCAACCGAGAGUGGUGUAAGGGCGUGGGGGCGUGGUGGAUGUUUAGGCAGCGUUGGGUGAACUGCUGGGGCUUGACUGAACGAGAGUGGCAGGCAGUUUUGAGCGGCAGUGUGACAGCUGGAGUUUUUAUGGCGCUUCGAUGGCUUUCAACUGCCUGACUGUGUGAAAGUGGGAGACAUGAGAGGCGUGCGGAGCCCCUGAAAGCGGGCAGUGCCUACAACGCUAUUAUGCAUGUGACGCCAAGAGCGCUCGCGCCAGAUACGGUAGAUGGGUAUGUCUGUGGUCGUGUGGCGUGCUUUCCUGGUUACGCCCAGCAGGCUCGCUAGGUGCUCCUGCCGGGUUUCAGGGCUGCUGUGGUGCCCAGGCACCUGCACAUGCGGGCAGAUCGUGCGG